GUCAAGGCAAGCAAGCAUGCAAUCAUUCAAUUGCGUUUAGGCUUCAUGAUAAACAUGGAUCCUUUGGACCUUAGCUUUAAGACGAUCAUUGAAGUCAACGAAGCUGAGAUUCAUAUGUGUACCUGUUAUGAAUUAAAAAACGAAAAUGUAAGCCAUCAUUUGGAUAAAAUCGGGCAUUCGUUACAUAAUGAUGACAGAAAAAAUAUCAUGAUUGAUAGUUCAACAUAUGGAAUACCAGAUAAAGACACACGAACCAAGUUACCAUGCAGUUUUACAGCACCGGAUGAGUUACAUGCUCAGACAGCACUUCAAAGAAAGUCCACCACGACACCGUUAUCGGAACUAACCAGUGCUAUAAAUUCACCUCUUGAUCUAACGAAGCCCAGAAGUGAUAUAAAUGUGGCACCUACUGGAAUAUGGAACAAUGUAGAACCUAUUGGAAAGUGCAACAAUGUGAACCCUACAGUAACAUCCAACAAUUUGGAACCUACUGGAACGUUCAACACUGUUGACACUACAGAAACAUCCAACAAUUUAGAACCUACUGGAACACUGAAUAGUGUUGACCAUACUGGAACAUACAACAAUUUGGAAUCGACUGGAGCAUUGAACUAUGUUGACCAUGCUGGAACGUUCAACAAUUCUGAAUCUACUGGAACAUUAAUUAAUGUGGACCCUACUGGAACAUCCAACUAUUCGGAACAUGCUAAAGCAUUGAACAAGCCUACUGGAACAUCCAACAAUUUGGAUCCUACUUUAACACUGAACAAUGUUGAUCUUUCUGGAACAUCCAACAACUUAGAACCUGCUGGAACAUUUAACAAUGUUGACCCUACUGAAACAUCCAACAAUUUGGAACCUACUAGAACAUAUAACAAUGACCUAACAGGAACAUCCAACAAUUUGAAAUCUGCUGGAACAUUCAACAAUGUGGAACCUUUUGUGGCAUUCAAGAAUAUCGAAUCUACUGAAACAUCCAGCAAUAUUGAAUCUACAUAUAACAAUUUGGAACAUACAGAAACAUUAAACACUGUUAAACAUUUUGAAAAACCCAAUAAUAUGAAUCCAUUUGAACCUACUGAAACAUUUAGCAAUAUGGAAACUACUGAGAAUUCCAACAUUGUGGAUCAUUCAUACAUCAAUGUUGAACCUUCCGAAAUAUCAAACUAUGUGGCACAUACAGCAACACCAAAUUCUAUAGAGCCUAAUGGAACAUCCUGCAAUGUGGAAUCGGCUGGAACAUCCGACAAUUUGAAACUAAAUGCUAGUCUACAAACAUCAAAUGAAGCAAUACAUGUGCCCAUGGAUAGCUUUACGUUGUCGCAUGAAGAAACACACUCUCAACACAACACUAAUGUUCAGAGUCGGCGAGCACGAGUACCACUUCACAUUCGAAAGAAACUCAUCAAAGCGUUCGAAGAAAAUUCCAAACACUACGUAACUAUUGCUGAUGAAUGUGGUAUUAAUAGAUCAACAGCAGGUAGCAUUGUUCGCAGAUACAGACUCCGAAAAAAAUGGAUGUUAGCAGGCUGCAAGAAAGAUAAGAAAGGUAAUGUUGAUAGCAGUGAAGGACUCUUGUUCAACAAUCUAGUGCGAUAUUUAGAUGGGACCCAUGAACAUAGCGGAAAUGUAGAGAGAAGACUUAAAACUAGACACGGGGAGAAGGUAUUUCUAUAUCACGGGUGUCAACAAGAAGAUCAAAGUACAAUUGACGCAAAUGAACAAAAAAUUCACUACUGUGAAUGGUUUUUACGACAAGGUUUAAACGGCCAUUGUAUAUAUAUUACAGAAUUGUUGUUUUCUAUCGAAUCAGAAAAUAGUCAACAGAAAGUCGUCUACCCUCAGAUACACGUGGUAAUUGCCGCAACACCACGCCAGGGCCAUCUACAUCAUAAGAUUCAGCUAGGAAAAUUUAGUGACCACUCUCUAAAAGAAUUUCUAGCAGCGGUUGCUUCUAAGCUAAAUGUUCUUGACGAAAACUUCUUCAUAUUUGACAGAUGGUCGAGGAACAAGCUUAGUUAUGAUUCACAUAUGAGAAAUAAAAUUUCAAUGAUUUUUCUCCCCGAAAAUGCAGAUUUUCUGAGCAUUUUUUCGCCGAUGAUAUACCGUCUGAUGAAUGACGUUCACACAAGCCUAUCGAGACCUGGGAUGCUUGAUAUUGCUGACUCUCAUGGAACAGGAUUAUCCAUAGACCAACACUUUAAUUUAAUUUUAUGCAAACACCUGGACGAGCAGAUUAAUCAAAUGGACUCUACAGUGUUUGCAUCCUGGUUCCAUGACAUUGUAAGACAUCUGAACUCCUAAUUAGUAGCCGGCUCAGUUAUUGGCUUCAGCGCUUGAAGCUUAUAUAGGCUAAAUUAUUUUACCCCGACUGUAAAAUGAGAGGAAUGCAUUUCAGAUGACAAUUAUAGUGUUUCUUAUGGCCUACAAUAAACCUAUAACAGAGUUUACAUAAACAAGAAACGGUUUUAUAUAUAUGUAGGCAUAGUAGGAGGGAGUAUUGAAUUUUAAAUAAAUUUCAAGACUAUUGGUAUUAGAUUUAUGUAAAAAUAAGUAAGAUGAUAAUGAGCCAAUUAAAAAAAACAUAAUCGGAUAAGACGUAGUAGGCCUACA